AUGAGCGAGAGCAGAAGACUUCCUACCUCCAAGCUCUCCAGCAGCAUGGUGCUCGCCAUCCCCGAGCUGCUCGAACCCAUUCUUCUCAACCUGGACAUGCGCACCCUCCUCACAUCAGCACUCCGGGUGUGCCGACGGUGGCGAGACUUGAUCCAGGGGUCAACCUUACUGCAAAGGGCACUUUUCUUCAAGUGCGAAGAGAAGCAAGCGUGGAGUGAUGAGGUCACAUAUAAUCCUCUUUUGGCAGAGCUGUUUCCGCUACUAUUUGACUUCGCCGGCACGCCAGAUGGCACGCCAGACCCCCGCGGCUUCAAUGAUCUGGCCAUCGAGGCGCUCCCCAUCGGACGACGCAGGGUGGCGUUUUACCGACGCAAUGCAUCUUGGCGGCACGAGCAAAAUGUCAGGAAGUCUGUGGAGAGCAACGGACUUAUUCAAAACACCGAGCUUCCUCCCUACUUCGACAGAUGGCGCGACACCUUCAAAGAGUCCUUCCCGUCCUUGGAGAAAUACGCAUCAGUCUACAAAGACCUCCAUCAACACCCCGAGCUCCCGUGCCAGGAGCCACGCACUGCGGCUGUUGUCGCUGAGAAUCUCGAGUCUCUUGGCUAUGAGGUCCACAGAAACAUAGGUGGCCAUGGACUUGUGGGUAUCUUGAAGAACCGAAAGGGGAGCACGGUAUGGCUCCGUUCAGAGUUGGAUGCCUUGCCGAUGGAGGAGGACACGGGCCUUCCAUACGCCAGCAAAGCGAAGCAGCUGGAUACCGACGGGAUUUUGAAGGGAGUCGUGCAUGUCUACGGCAAGGGAACACACUCGUCGACGCCCGAGCUGGGCAUUGAUCCCAUCCUGAUGGCAAGCAACAUCAUCUCGCGCCUGCGGAUGGUUGUUUCGCGAGAGAUUGAUUUCAAGGAGCCCUGUGCGAUCACCAGUGGGUACUUCCACGGAGGAACGGACGCCAGCAUCAUACCGGAGUUUGCAGAUUUCAAAGUGGACAUUCGGUCCUUCAACAAGGACAUACAACACACGGCGGUCGAGGGAGUGAAGCGCAUAAUCGAGAGGGAAUGUCAAGCUGCGAACGCUCCCAAGAGCCCCCGCAUCGUGACUUCUGCUAGCUGCCCGCCAACCGACAGCGACGGCGAAGCAACGGAUAAGCUCACUCGGGCACUGCGAAUCUUCUACGGCGACGAGGCUCCGCACAAGAUCAUCGAGAUGGACCUUGACAUCACUGCAGAUGAUUUCGUUCUUCUCGGACAUCCGCCAGGCGGGAAGCCGAUUCCAUACGUCUGUUGGAACUACGGCGUGACCCCACGAGAGGAGUAG